CCCUCGAGCUCAGCACACCCAUUCGAGCCGCCUCGUUCUUCGCUGCCGAUUCUGGCCGAGGCUGGAUAUUCUCAGGAAGAGAUGGAGCGUUUAUGGCAGCAGUUUAGUGGGGGAGCUUCUGCUUCUGGGGCAACACCUGCCAUUCCCCUCAGUGUUUGUCCACCACCACCAGAGGAUGCGCAACUGCGCCGAAGCUACCGUGAGCGGCAGCCUUCGGCUGCGCUGAGAUCCCCAUACGUUCACAGCAACGAGCCGAAACCCGUCGACAACAAGUAUAUUCAGGGAUUUACUCGUAUGGCGGAGCGUCUCCGUGGUGGGAACUACAGGAAGUUGGUGGUGACAGAGAGUGGGCACCCGAUCAAGAGGCAGUUUUGGGUGACUCUCAUGAACAGGACUAAAGAGCUCGAGCCCGAGCAUGUAGAUGCGUACAUGAUGACGCUGAGGCAUAGGCUGGUGAGCGGUACAGACCUGCUUCAGGACAUCGAUCACAGGAGCCAUAUCAUAUUGGAUGCGGAAUUCUUCGUAAGCAUUAACAUAUUUUGCGUUUAUAAUAAAGUAUUAUUUGAAAUAAUGUUUUUCUUCUUUGCAGACUUAUUUGGAUAGAGAAUACAAUGAGCUUAUGGCGAAUGCGCGCCGUAUGUUUAGCUCUCCUUCAGAGCAGCGUUUUAUAAACUCUGAGGCAAUUGUGAUGGGGUGGCAGCCGCACGCCAACCGUAUGUAUUCAGUGUAUGGCAGGGGUACCUCAUCGAGU